GUUUUUAAAUGUCUUCUUGUGUCUCGAUUCGAUGUGAGGUGGCGGGUUAACUCCCACUAUUUCCCAAAAAAAUGCAUGCCAUAUAUGCCCAUCUAAAUUAAUAAAGACAUCGGGAAGCGAGACUCAUAGUUCCUAGCCCUUAUCAAAACCUGAGCUGAAACUAUAAACAUUAAAUAUGAACCUUCAGUAAAACGUCAUACGCCCUUUUCUCCUUUCUUGUUUUAAGGAAAAUUCCAUUGUUCCAAAAUUAAAAAAAAAAAAAACUCUUUCGUUGAAAAGUAGAUAAGUGAUGUGAUGAUAAUGCAUAAUCCUGAAACCUGAAAGAAAUUCUUAUCAUUAGAAGUCAAGUUUUAUCUCACAUUGAUGUACUACUAUUGUUCCAUCCUAGAUUACUUACUCCCGAGAUUGAUUUCAAAGUUCUUUAAUAGUGGAUUUGUUUCUACAUUCAAAGCUCUAGUCUUCUCCUUCCCGGUCUUAAAUUCUUUUUCUAAACUGUUUUAAAUUUAUAUUGCAAUGUAAAUUUCUUAAAACCGGUGUGAUCCACUACAGUUGGAAUUAUUUAUUUUCUUUAAGCUUCUAUUUCUGGAAAUUACGUCAGUUGUAUAAAUGCCUAGAGAAAGUAGCGACUUUGGGCUGCUUUCCCAGCAAGAAAGUCGUUUUAAGUUGACUCGAAAAACCUUAGUUUUGAUUUUAGCAGCAUGUACUGUUGCAAUUGCUUUGGUUGCUGUUGCAGUAUGGUUUUCUACUAGACCUUCUGAUCAAAAUGCCGACAAAAAUCCAGUAUGUAAGGACACACCAGACAUUAAAAAGUUCGAUUGCCACCCUGAUCAACCACUGUCAGAAAAGCAGUGCUUAAAUAGAGGUUGCUGUUAUGCUGUUCCAGAUACCUCUAAGAAUGGUGGUGCUUCUGUAAAUGUACCUUAUUGUUUUUACCCAUCUGAUUAUUUGGGAUAUGCCAUAAGUAAUGUUUCUGAAGCCAAGUCAAAGAUUCAAGCCAGGCUGACUCGCAAAACACCAUCGGGUUUUCCGGAAGAAAUUAAGAAUUUAAAUCUAGUUAUUCGUUUUAUUGAUGAUUAUUCUUUGAGAAUUAAGAUUACUGAUGCAGACUCCUCGAGAUUUGAAGUGCCUAUUCCACUGAAUUUCCAGACAAAGGAUCUUCAAAAUCCUCUGUAUGAAGUUUUGUUGAAUUCAACGACAGGACGAUUGACAGUUUCUCGCAAGUUGUCCAAAACUGUUAUAUUUCAGACUGAGCUUUCUCGAUUAGUUUAUGCUAAUCAGUUCCUUCAGUUGUCUUCUCAACUGCCGUCUGAAUAUUUUUAUGGCAUUGGAGAACAUUACGCUCCUUUACUCAGGAAUGUCAACUGGACGAAAUUGACUUUGAUGAAUUCGGAUUUAGGACCCAUUCCGAAUCAUGCAUUAUACGGCAGUCAUCCGUUUUAUAUGGCUUUAGAAGAGGAGGGGAAAGCAAACGGAGUAUUCCUUUUAAACAGCAAUCCAAUGGAUGUUAUUCUUCAACCCACACCUGCAAUAACGUUUCGCCCCAUUGGUGGAAUCCUGGACUUUUUUAUUAUGCUGGGUCCGACGCCAGAAAAUGUUGUUCAGCAAUACACAGGCAUCAUUGGUAGAACUUUUAUGCCUCCCUAUUGGAGUUUAGGAUUCCAGCUUUGUCGAUAUGGGUACAAUACUCUCAAUAAAAGUAAAGAAGUGUUGAAUCGCACAUUGGAAAAUGGAAUACCUCUAGAUGUGCAGUGGCAUGAUAUUGAUUACAUGGAUGCUUUCAAAGAUUUUACAUAUGAUAAAGUUAACUUUAAAGGUCUCCCUGAAUUUGUUGAUGACCUACACAGAAAAGGAAGGCACUAUGUUCUUAUGAUUGAUCCUGGCAUUAGUAACAUAGAAGCUCCAGAUUCCUAUCCACCUUAUGAUGAAGGUGUAGAGGAUGAUGUUUUUGUGAAAACUGCUGAUGGGAAAAAUUUAAUUGGGAAGGUCUGGACAUCUGGUACUUUGGUCUAUCCUGAUUUCAGCAACCCGACUACUGUAUCAUAUUGGACUCGGCAGUUUAAAAAUCUUCAUGACAUAAUCAAAUUUGAUGGAGUCUGGAUUGAUAUGAAUGAGCCAUCAAAUUUUGUGGAUGGAUCUGUGGAUGGUUGCCCAAAGUCUUCGUUGGAGAACCCUCCUUAUCUUCCUGGAGACAAUAUCUUGACAAAAAAGACUCUCUGUAUGACAGCAAAGCAUUAUUCCAGUAUCCAUUACAACGAGCAUAAUCUCUAUGCUUAUAGGGAAGCUGUUGCUACUAAUAUAGCAAUUCGGACAGUUAGGAAGAAGCGACCUUUUAUCAUAUCAAGAGCAUCCUUUGCUGGCCAAGGUGUUUACAGCGGUCAUUGGAGUGGUGAUAUACAGUCUACUUGGAAUGAUAUGCGCUACUCUAUUCCCUCCUUGCUUAACUUUAAUAUGUAUGGAAUGUCCAUGAUGGGUUCAGAUAUUUGUGGAUUCGGUCUGAAUACAACUGUCGAAAUGUGUGCAAGGUGGCAAGCUCUGGGAGCAUUUUAUACUUUUUCAAGAAAUCACAAUGAUAAAGAUACCAUAGAACAGGAUCCUGCUGUUUUAGGACCAGACGUUGUUAAGGCUACGGUACAAGCACUCUCCAUACGUUAUACUUUCUUACCAUAUCUCUAUACAUUAUUUUAUCGAAGUCAUGCCUUUGGAGAUACAGUUGUGAGGCCCUUGUUUUUUGAGUUUUCAAAAGAUGUGAAAACCUACAAUAUAGAUGAACAGUUUUUGUGGGGACCAGCAUUUAUGGUUAUUCCAGCGCUAUAUCCAAAUAUUACUACAGUGACAGCUUAUAUUCCGGCUGGAAAGUGGCUCAUGACGGAUUUAGUAAUCAGUAAAGGAGAAUAUGUUACCUUAAAUGCGUCCCUUACUGAUCCUAUUAACACUGCCAUCAGAGGAGGACAUGUGAUACCCAUACAAGCUCCAGGACCUACUACUACCACGUGUCGAGAAAACCCUUUUGGCUUAGUUGUAGUUCUAGAUGACAAGCAAGAAGCUUUUGGUGAACUUUAUUGGGAUGAUGGUGAUUCACUAGAUACGUUGGAAAAUGAAAACUAUAACUUGAUCAAAUUCUCUGCAAAACAGGAUGUUCUUCAAAGUAGUGUGGUUAUGAAUGGUUACCGAGCUUCUAUGAAGUUAGCUUCGAUAUCUUUAUCUGGACUUAGUCAGAUUCCUCACACUGUUUCAUUGAAUGGAAUCCAGUGUUCCCCAUCAAAUAAUACUGUAGAAAAUGAAGAGCUGCAUAUAUCAGAUGUCUUCAAUUUUGCUCCAGAUUUUAAUGAAAGUAAAAAUGAAACCUGUGGAUUUAAACAGUUGAAGGGUUCCCUUUCAAUCAUCAUUGGAAUGGAAGUCUCUUUGUUAGAGUCCUUGACACUUACAUGGAAUUAACUUUUUAACAUCCUAGUGAAUAAAAUGUUAUUAGCUUGAUAUGUUCUAUCUCGCUGUUGUAUAUGUUGCUAAAUACUUUUAGCAUGUUUGAAAAAAUAAACUUUACAAAUUUAUUGGAAAAAAAGUUUAAAGAUUUAUUAUUUUUACUCCAAAAAAUAAAUAUCUGGAUUUCCUAUGUAAUAUUAACAAAAUCGUUUUGGUUUAAAUUAUUGUAUUCUUUAAAAGUAACAGCAAAUUAAAACAGUUGCAUGAUAAAACUAAUUGGAAUUGAUGUUUGAACAAUUUGCUACAUUAUUUAAUGUGCUCAAAAAUUUAUAUAUACAUUUUAAUUGAUCAAAGUGCAUGAGUAAAAUUGUUAUGUUUAUUAUUAUUAUUAUUUCUAGCUAAAUUUCUGCUAAGUCUUUUUCUAAAUAAUUUUGCAGUUCAUAUUUUUCAAUUCAACAUCAUGUGCAUUUAAAAAUGCAGAUUUGUCAUUCUAUAAAAAAUAUCAUUU